AUGGGAAGAAAAGUCCCUAAUGAAAAUAACACCACAUUGAUAGAUCCAUUUCUUUAUGUUGCAUUUUGCAUGGUAGGAUUGGCCACAAGCAUUACUAUAAUCACAGCUUUGUGCAUUGUGCGAUUUCGAAGAAAAUCAUCUCCACCUUCCGCAAUGUCUAACCAUGACUCACAUGAAGUUUUGAAUGUUUUGAAUGAAUCUACUAUUCCACCAACAACCACCUUAAACCAUGAACAUCCUAGUACCUCAGAGGGAUCAAUAAUGCAGAACACAAGACAAACACAAAACAGUGACACAUUGGUAAAGGAGUUACCUCUUCCCCCAGCAUUGCAGCAACACCCUAACGUGGAGCCCAGAUUUGUGAAAAGCGCAAGAUCUGAACGUAGGUUGUCUUUUAAUUUGAGCAAGAAGAAUCCAAGGAGUUUAUCAGUGACAAGAAAUUGGGAUCAAAAGGGGGGCAAAGGUGGUGGAGGGCUGAAAGGGUCAUGGAAAACUGAUGAAUCUGUGUGGAUGAAGACAAAAGAGAAGUUGAAAGCAGAUGAGUCUGUGUGGAUGAAGACAAAAGGGAAGUUGAAAAGAGAUGAUUCUGUGUGGAUGAAAACAAUUAUACUUGGGGGAAAGUGUGUUCCUGAUGAAGAAGGUGAUGUUGUCAUCUACGAGGACAAAGGGAAGAAAAUCUCAGCAUACCAUCCUAGAAAGCCUUCCUCUAUCUCACUUUCUAGACAAGGUUCUUACAUUAGUGCUGAAAAUCAUGAUGCCCUCUCUGUACACCGAUCCCCUGAAGAAAGAAUCAUUAACACAUUCUUCUGUUUUGUGAAUGCCACAUUUGACCUUCAUUAA